GGAUUUUAAUACUCAAUUAUAAGGGUUUGGUGACAAGACAGGUUUAUGUUUAUUCAUCACUUAGUUCAAAAUCUAGAAAAUGGUAUAAAUAUAUAUGCAGUUAAAUAAUAGGGUGACAAACCCAAUCGCUUAGUGGAAUCAGUGAACUCAAGAUGAAGUGUAUGUUAAUAUUGGUUGUUAUACUUGUGGUCGCUACUUUACCACAAACCGAAGCUGGGUGGAGAAGAUUUGUAAGAUGGUUGAGAACACCUAUUCCUGGUUCUGAUUAUGGCAAAAAACGUAACGCUGAAGAACGAGGAGUUGUUGAAGAAGUCACUAAAGAGGAAUUUGCGGCUACAACUGGGCUGACUGGAGCAGAAUUAGAUUUAUAUUUUAACGAAUUGGAUGAAAAUGAUAAUGGUGUACUAGAUGGUGAUGAAAUAAUGGAAGCGUCUAUUCUGUAUGCAAAAUUUUCCGACUAAAAACGGAGAAAUUUACGAAGAAUCAAUUACUCAUUUGCUUCCAAUUGAAAUAAAUAAUAUCAAGGUGUUUCACUUUGGUUUUUUUUUCUAUGGGAGCCUUCCAUGAUAUAACCAAAGUAAGUAUGUUUAAUGUAACAAAUAUAUAAACUUGAAGUAAAAGUCAACCAAUAAUUAAACAUUGAUUGAUGUUUUUCAUAUGAAAAAGUUUAUUAGCUGCUACCAAAGUAUUGCUAAGAAGUUGUUUUUGAUAUUUUUUUUACAAAAUAAGAAGCAUUAAUAUGAAUAGUCAUUGUUGGAAAUUAAAAAUUAAAGAAGUCAGACUAUUUUGGGUAAAGUCUAGGAUAUUACUGCAAGUUUUAUAUCUUCUGUAACAAGUCUCUUGCCAAAUAAAGAAAGUCUAACUACUU